AUGGGUGACGAAGAGGAGCAUAAAAAGCCCGAGCCGAGACUGCUGGUUUGCCAGACCGCAAAACCACGUUCAGCUAGCAAGGAUAAGGCGCUGAUCGAACAGUUGGCGAAACGCAUCUCGCACCUCAAAAGCAGUAUAGCCCUUGAGAAGAGGAAAACCAAAAGCGUCAUAGAACCGAUGACGGAGAGGAAACCACCCGUAAAUCAGGUGCCGAGCAAGUCGCAAAUAAAAUUACCCAGGCAGAAAAACGACACCGUCGGAGCGAGAAUAGCAUGCGAUCGUUGGCAGGUGGCUAUCGGUUUAGUAAUGGGUAUGGCAAAAAUGGCGACACGUUCGAUGCAAGUAGAAACUGAACCUUUCAGCGUCGGUGACCUGGUGUUCGACCCAAGCCUAUUCAAGGCUAACAAGAAUUAUGUUGUUCUGACAGAUGAUUCCAAAUUCGUUUUAAGCCAGCUUCCUGAAAAGCGAAGCGAACAGCAAAUUGAGGAACUUACCAAAAAUCUGAAGGAGAUAGGAAUCAAAUCGUUCAACGAGUACCCCGCUGACGUACAACGGAAACUUGUUCGAAUUGCUCGCUACGAAGUUGUCACUCCUCAAAGAGUUAUCAUAAGACAAGGAAGGCCAUCAGAAAACCUUUAUUUCCUGAUUGACGGAACCGUGGUAGCCAUUGAGAGAAUACGCGGUGCUAAUGACGAAUAUGAAUCCGAAGACUUGCUCAUCCUAAGAAAAGGUGCAAUGUUUGGUGAAACGGAAAUGAUUAACAGGCUUAACCGGAGGGCGACGGUCAUUAGCAAAGCGAACGUCGAAUUGUUGACACUUGAACGAAGUGACCUUUUAAAAGUCUACUCCAAUUACGAGCAUCCAACCGAGUCUCAGGAUCAUAUCAAGUUUUUGCAGCAUUGCGACUUUAUUGAUUUAUGGCCGAUCAAUAAACUUGUCAAUGAUCUUGAUAUUUGCACACCGUAUUUCUUUAAGCAAAAUGCGCUGAUCAUCGAAGACGGCUCAAAAACUGAUUUCCUCGUCGUUGUACGGUCCGGCCAGUGUAGAGUGAUACGAAAGCUGUACAAAAAUGUUUCGAAGAACGUCCCCAAAGUGGAUGGGCAAACAAAAUCAAAUAAGGUCAAAAUGUUGGAAUACAACGAUGAACUUCUGCGUAACAACUUUCGCCAUUUCAGCCGCCACGGUUCGCAGUUUGAUUCAGUCUUUAGGGCGGAUUCUUUUGAACAAAAGCUAAGAGUCAAUGCUAACGUGGAGCAAAUCAUCGAUCAAAUCCGACCUCAACCUAGCCAAACCUUGAAAACAAGACCGUCACUCCAGUCACAUUGCAGUCAGAGUUACGGUGAAAUGUCGAAAUCAACACUUACACGGCACGGGAGUAAGCGUUUGGAGCGCGGCAAUUCGUUUCGAAAGCAGAAAAGCAUUCGCACCCUUAAUAACAGAAUCGAGCAAGACGUCGAAAACGAAUUAGCUAUUCUGGAAUAUUCACAGAAGACCAAACUUGAAAAGGCGUUGCUGCUGCCUAAGACACAGGAAUAUUUGCUGAAGGAAAAUGAAACAGACAAUGAAAACGAAAAUGAAGCUGUUUAUAUUCAGAUCGAUAUCUUAAAGAAGAAAGACGUUUUCGGAUUGGAUACUCUAGUCUUCGACAAGUAUUACGACCAUCCGGACGCUACGGGGCUGUGUUUGGUCAGCGGAGAAAACGAAAAAGGUGUUGAUGUGGUGUUUUUGUCUAAAACCUUUUUUGUUGAACACGCUUCCGAGCAGGUAGCGUGGAGAGUUCGUCGAAUGAUGAAGAGUCAUCCUGACGCUGAAACGUUAUGGGCUGAAAUCGAACGUCAAGAAUUAUGGGCGGAUUAUAAGGAGGCCGUGAUCGAUGAUAUUUUCAUGGGAAAGCCCAUCCUUUUAAAAACAGCCCCAUGGUUAUAG